AUGUCGCAGAGCCGUGAACAAUCGCCUGGGCGAAUGACGUCUUCUCCAACUCUAACCAUUGGAACCGGGUCACACGCUCACGUUCAAGUGCCACGAUUUAUUCAAUAUGCUUGUGAACAACGCCGACUCGAGACCUUCGCCGGUUGGACGGGUCCUGCCAUGCUACCGCGAGAUCUAGCCGCUGCAGGGUUCUUUUAUAUUGGCGUCGAAGAUCAAGUAAAAUGUUAUGAGUGCGGAGUGCGAAUCGGCCGAUGGGAUGAGAACGAGGACCCAGUAGUCAGCCAUCGACGCUGGCAGCCCGAUUGUCGGUUUGUUCAGACCUUACCUAUCGUCGACAUAACCCUAACCCCGAUCCCGUCCAAUACUGUAAUCCGACCACCUGGAGGGGGUAGCUCUCUCAUGGAAGGGAAUUAUUUCGUUGUUCCCGAUUCCCCAGUCGAACAGCCCCCCACCAAGGUCCCACAGUUUCUGAAACUCGGAAACCUUAACUUGGCAAAGCCGAGGGGUCCCAUGUACCCCGAGUGUGCGAGCUAUGAAAAAAGACUCGAAAGUUUUCGCGAUUGGCCUAGCACUAACCUCCAGUCUAAGGAACGGUUAGCGGAGGCCGGAUUCUUAUACACUAACUGUAACGAUCAGACCUUGUGCUUCCACUGUGGUGGAGGCUUGAAAUAUUGGAUAAGGGAAGAUGACCCGUGGGUCGAACAUGCGAAAUGGUUUAAUAAGUGUUAUUGGGUAUGGGCAAUGAAAGGCCAGACAUUCAUUGACCGCGUACAAGAACAAAUGGGCGUAUUGGUAGCUGGGGAAGACUCUGAGCCAUCAGAGCAAGUAAUUAGCGAGUCUGAAUACGAACGCGAACUUGGAACUUGCCACGAAGGGGGAAGCGACGCGGAAACGGUCGUCGGAUCAACAUGGGAGGCUGAAGAUCAAAAUCGGUGUAAAAUAUGUUUAUGGGAGGAAUUGGGAAUAGUGUUCCUACCAUGUGGUCAUCUGGUAGCGUGUACCAAGUGCGCCCCUAGCCUAACUCGUUGCGCCGUUUGCCGAGAAAAUAUUGUUUUAGUGGCCCGCGCUAUAAUAUCGUAA